AUUUGCAAAUACCACAUGAAUACUGAUGAGGACAGUAAAUAUACUGACAUUGUGUCCUUUCUCUUUCAGUAUGCUCUGGAGAGACUGAAGGUAAUGUGCGAGGACGCGCUGUGCACCAGUCUGUCUGUGGAAAAUGCAGCUGAGAUCCUCAUCCUGGCUGACCUGCACAGCGCCGACCAGCUCAAAACACAGGCCGUCGACUUCAUCAACUACCAUGCUGCAGAGGUGAUGGAGACAGCAGGUUGGAAGUCCAUGGUGGCGUCUCAUCCACACCUGGUGGCCGAAGCUUACCGCUCCCUGGCUUCAGCCCAGUGCCCUUUCCUCGGACCCCCACGCAAGCGCCUCAAACAAUCCUAACAGCAAAACGUCUACACUCGUGCAUACCCACACACAUGCAUAUACAUACAAAGACACACAGAUUUCCGCCUCACACAGGGACAACCUUCCCCCUUGCUGUUACUACACUACUUACAGCCUCCCCCGAAUCUCCUCCUUCUGCCCUAUCCAAACCUGCUGUAUUUAGUCUCUUCUAAAGAUGGAGGGAAGAAAAAGAGGAUGAGGAAGAGAGGGGCAGGUAGGCUAAUGAAGUGGAUGUUUGUUGUUUACAAAAAACACAACACCCCUCCCCUUUGCUCCUUGGCUCUGGGUUAGUGAGGUCUGACAUUGUGCUCUUUUCCGUGUGUGAAAGCUAAAUCCCUCGACAUCGUCGUAAGUUCCUACUUUGGAAUCCGUUCGGGAGGAAGGACUGAACACAACAACCCAAAAAGAGCCAGCUGUCUGGAAAUGUGGAGGAUGAAAGGACAAGUGCAGAUGAUAAAUGAAGUCUUUAACUGGCUAUUUCUUCAUAUGGCUUCUUUUUGCUCUGUUCUUAGUGUUUGGAGUAAAGCAGUCAGAGAAGCCCCCAAACUAAUGGACACAUGGGCCUGUGAGGGACUAAAGAAGAAGAAGUGGGCCUGUUAGUUAUAAACUAGAAGCCCCCGCACCCCUCCCCUCUGAGAAAGACAACCAAGGGCUAGUCAAAAAAGCAGAUAUGGGACAAACUCAUCAUUAAUUCUCCCAAAGAAAGUUGGGAAACUAAACUUGCACUAAAGUCACAGGUCACCCCUCUACAACCAGCAGUAAGGUAGAAAUACUGUAGGCAAGCACACAUUGAAGCAAGCUUCAUGGACUAAAGAUCCAGCUGGACCACCAAGAACAAGUACCCUUUAAGAAGAUUAAUCAGCAAGUGACAGAACACACAUACUCCCAUAUAGAACUCUGCUUCAUCUGCGUCUUUUAAAUAGCUGGGGAAAAAAGUAUAGAGGGAUACAAAAAAUAGCAACGCACAACUGGAUGUCAUUCUCGGGGAAAUUGUAUUUUGUGUGUGUCUUUGUAGCCCUUGAGAUAAAAAAAAAAGAAAUCCAAGGUGUCAAUGGACAAACCAACCAGGAGACAACAAAUGGAGGGAGGGUGGGGGAGGGGGGGAUGUCGAGAAAUGGUUUCAAAAUGACGUUAAGAUUUAAUCAGGCAUGUUAAUGUUCUUUUAUGACAGAUUUCUUAUUUGUUUUUUUUUUUCCUCAGAACUGUCAUUUCUAUUUUUUUCAUAGGAAUUUGUACAGCCACUAGUGUUUUUGAAGCUGUGUAAACAAAGCAUUUUCAACCGUGAAAUUGAAAAGAAAAAGCGGACAGAUGUUUUCUUUGCAGGCGUGAAGACUGAGGUGAAAUUAAAUUGAAAUGAACACGUUUUAAUGUUCAGAAUAGACAGAAUGUGAAAGAAUUGCACACCAAGGCAAACCACAUGAAAUACAUUUGAAGUUAUCAUUUUAACCCGGGGGGAAAUGGUAAUUGAUAGAAGGAACCGUUGUUUCUUUCCUGUAGAUAUUGCUGGUUAUGAGAAGUGACACUUAGUUGUUGCCAUUUUUUUGUUCCCAAAAGAUUAAACCACAACUAUUUUGUAUUGAAUGCAA